GGUCUGUCAUGGGAUUUAAAGGCUUGUAUUUCUCCCAGUGUGUGUGAUCGUCUCUCAGGUGAAAACAGGACUCGUUCACCCCCUCAGCUGCUGUUGAAACUCACAGACAAACACGAUGGAUCUCAGCGACGCUCUCGGAGGGGGGGGGCCCAGCUGGCCAGGUCAGCCCAACCCCACCUGGCCCGGAGGUGCACCUGCAGGAGGUGGAGGAGGCGUGUGGCCCGGAGGUAACCCUCCCGUGCAACCCACUGCACCUGGAGGAUGGCCCAGUCCUGCACCUGGAUCUGGACCGGCACCUGGAGGAUGGCCCAGUGCUGCACCUGGACCUGGACCGGCACCUGGAGGAUGGCCCAGUGCUGCACCUGGACCUGGACCGGCACCUGGAGGAUGGCCCAGUGCUGCACCUGGACCUGGACCUGGACCUGGAGGAUGGCCCAGUGCUGGACCUGCACCUGGACCUGUACCUGGUGGAUGGCCCAGUCCUGCACCUGGACCUGGACCUGUACCUGGAGGAUGGCCCAGUCCUGCACAGGGACCUGGACCCACCUUCCCAACUGCUCCUCAGCAGAAUCUGUCGGUUCCGUACAAUCAGAAUUUUCCAAAUGGAGUUUAUGACAAACUGCUGAUCACCAUCGCUGGAACCGUCAAACGCAACCCUACCAGGUUCAGCCUGGAUCUGAGGACCUCCAGGGAUUUGGCUUUUCACUUCAACCCUCGCUUCAAUGAUGAGGGGAAGAAGGUGGUCGUCAGAAACAGCUGCAUCGGAACGAAGUGGGGCAAAGAGGAGAGAGAGCUGAAGCACUUCCCCUUCGUGGAGGGACAGGCGUUCGAGAUUAAGAUCAUGUGCACCAACUCAGAGUUUAAAGUGGCCGUGAACAACUCUCACCUGCUGGAGUUCAAACACCGGGUCCGGGACAUCAGAUCCAUCAACAAGAUCAGCAUCAACGGUGACCUCACCAUGUCCAAGUUCCACAUGGAGACUGUGUCCUGAGGCAGAUCACCAGAUCCACUGGAGAUCCACCACAGAUCCAAGGGCUGUUUUCUUCAGUUGGAACUCGUAUGAUUCACACAAAUAAAUGGUUCAUCUUCAA